UUUCGGUGGGCCGUGUAAAUUUAGUGCGUUUUGAAUAACGCGCGGGAAUGGCACUUACCGGACCGAGUUCAUUGUGAAAACGAAAAAGGCCUUGAGCAGAGUUCGAAGUGUAAAAAUUUAAUAAAACUUGUAAUAUUUUGAGCUUGGUUAUUCGCUAAAAUGAAGUUUAUUAGCUUUCUGCUUAUUUUAAUGUUCCUUGGCGCUUGUGCUGCCUUUGGUCAAUAUCAUAUGCGGCAUUACAAUAGUCGACAAGUGGAUUCUAGUGAGGAGGAUGACAAGAGUCCAGUGUUGCGUUCAUAUCGCCGCUGCAUGUGGGAGCAAUCGAAAUUCCUGCCACGCCGUUUAGUGCUACUCAGCUUGUGUGCGAAUUUGUUUUGUGAGAAUAAUCAAGUCGUACAACGUUCCAGGUCUAUUUUUGUAGUGGAAAAGAUGUCUAGACCCAACGACUGUAUGGAUAUACUACCCGAGCAAUGCGAGCAAGGUGACGAGGAAGAGCUGAUGUAUAAACCCUUUCCGGAUUGCUGUCCAGUCUAUUGCAAUCUCAAGCGUCGCAUGCAGCGCUUGAAGACAAUGCAUUAUCGGCAUCGUAAGCUAUUGAAUUUUCAACAUCAGCAAGCACAGUCAGAUAUCCUAUUAGGCAACUAUAAUGUGGACGAUCUAAGCUUUAGAUAAGCUUGAAAGCCUAAGAACAAUGAGCGUAGCGCAUCUUCUAUGGUUGCGAAAAGUGAUGUGGCUGCCAGUUAAGUGGCAAUGAGUUAUGCACGUGGAUUUGUUGCUUUAUUGGAAGUGAAUUUUAAUUAAAUACAAGCAAAAAAAAUAAAAAAUAAAAAAUCGU